AUGGAGGACGCGAUAAGCCAGCUUCAGGACUUGGGUGUUACUCGAGGACAGGCCAAGAAGGCGCUUGCACGAUACAACAACGAUGUGGCAAGAGCUGCUGAUUUCAUAUUUUCUGGAGCUUUUUUGAGUGAUGACGAAGACGAUACUCAUCAAGGACAUGAGUCCACGAUGGAAACAGAUGAACAGCUUGCCAUAAGACUCAGCAGAGAAGAAGACGAAGCGCUUCAGCAAGCAAGCUUUAACGAUAACACUACAUUCAAAGAAACUAUCACUACACCGCCUUCACCUGCAGUAACUGUCGAAAGUGAGCCUGUACAACUUGAUAAAUCGGCCAGCCAUACCAACUAUGAUUCAUCCAAGUGGAGUGUUGUACCAUUCAAGGAAUCCGAGACAGCACCAAGCAACAUGCACACAACAACAGCAACAACAACAUCUUCGGCGCAACUGAUGAACGAAGCUUCAUUGACUUGGUGGAAGGACCCCGAAGAUCCCUCAGAGAGAAUGGCGUUGGAUGAUUUGCCCAUUGGACUUCGACCUCCAUCUUACAACUUUGCCUAUUCGCCUAUUCUCGUCCAAGCUUUAUUUCAUGUCACAGCGUUUCAAGAAGCAGUUUUAUCGUUUAGACCAACACCUUAUGCUUGGGGAGCACCUAAAAAUUACUGGAAGGGAUUUGGAGAGCCUGUACCAGGUUAUAUCAUGCGCGAGGUGGUAACGAAGCGUCAAGUGACGAAACCUGUCAUCCCCCCUGAAGCUCCCUCCACAGCAACAACAACAACACCGCCUCCUCCACCACAGCAUGCUUUGGAUACUGCAGAUGAAAACUUGAUUUCACUUGACUCACCUGAAAACAAGAUGGCAGCAUUGACUAUUGGGGAUGAGAAUGAGGAUCAAGAUGACAAGAUAAUUAUUCAUGAUGACGAUUCUGGAAGCAGCAUCAACGAAGACACAACCGAUAGUGAUUUACCUCCUUUAAUCGUUGAAGCGACACCUGUGGAAGAGGAAACAGUCGAGUUUGUGGAUCAUGUAGAAAAUGAAGUACAACUCAUGCCGAAAUGCUUGGAAGCGCUGGCUGAAUUGCAGAAACUGUUUGCAUUUUUGGGCAAUACUUCGCGAUUGUAUGGAAACGUUUCGCAUUAUGUGAGAGCAUUGAACACCAAGCUGACAUCCAGUGGCUGGGAGUUUAGUGACCAAACCUUUGAAGGUGAGGAAGCUAGUUCAGAGAUGAGUAGAGCAGAGAUUAAUUCGCUUCAAGCCUUUCUGGAUAUGAUGAUCAAUGGCCUAGUAGAGGCGGAUGAGCAAUCUGACAAGGCCAUGGACAUGUCGUUUGUGCCCUUAUUCAGAAGCUUAUUUUUGCUCAAGGCAAGAAUCGAAUACGGGGAUGAUUACGACAACGAGGAAGUGUAUUAUUUGACCAUCAGCCUUGACAAAACCAUGAACUCGUUUCAUGGAUGUCUUGACCCUCUCGUCUACGAAAAUUACGACAUGGAUGACAGCAGUGUAGAUCCCAGCAUUUCAGACGACGAAGACAAAGCGUCCUACAAACUAACAACCUUCAAGCAAAUACCACCCAUCCUUUUAAUCGUUUUAGAGAACCGUACAGCACCUAAAAAGUCGAAUUUUGAAUACAAGAUUGAUACAACAAUCUACAUGGAUAGAUACAUGCUGGAAAAGAAGGAAGUGUCAUUAGCAGGAUUUCAAGAAAUGGAAGCAUGUCGUAACGAAAUCGCCAAAUCAAGACUGGAGAUGGAGAAGCUAAAGGGUGGUGGAAAUGGACCUACGGCUAUUGAUAAACGAGACAUCUUGAUACAAACUCUCAGCUAUUUCAAAAACAAAGAGCAAGACAAGGGAGAACCAUCUGCUGCUGACGAGGAGCUCAACACAUUAAAGGACAUGAUUCACUCGGUUAAAGCGAACAUUGAAUCGAGAUUACAAGAUUUGGAAACAUUGAUAGCUGAGCAAAGAGAAAAAAUCGACAGCAUUUUCAACACGCCUGACAUGAAGGAGAAUCCUUAUGAAUUGAGAGCCUCGUUUCAUCAUGAUGGAAAGAGCGGCACAGGUCAUUAUUGGGCGUACAUUUGGGUGGAGCCAUCGGAACACAACUUGCUAGAAGAUAUUCCUACAGAGGGCGGUUGGUUCAAAUUCUGUGAUGCUAUUGUUACAGCUGCUACUGAGCAAGAGAUCAUGGAAGAUUCCGUGCCACCCUUUUCACUGAUGUACGUCAAUGCUUCCUUGCCAAAGUUCAGCAGAGAACAGCUUUAUGCGUGUAUACCCGACGAAUUGAAGGAUUUUGUAAAGAAGGACAACGAGCUACUAAGACAAGAAAUACAUGAUCACGACCACCCUGCUGUGCAAGGAGACGCCUCGCUUAUAUCUACGUCUGAAGAUGAUGUGAUGUUUACAGAAAAAGCUGAUUCAGUGCAACUGGAUCACAAUUAUGCUGACGAUAAUGUGUCGGUGGGCACCGCGGUAGGUGCUGCGGCAGAGCAUCCGCCCUUGGCAACCACUACAGUAACUACUACUACAACAAACCGCACAAAUGGCGAGCUGCUCAACUACUCAUUCAACGGACAAGCAUUCAACAAACUCAAAGACCGAGUAACAGCCAAGAUUUGGAAAGUGUCAAGCUACCCCUGUGAUGACUAUCGAUUUAUAAAAAGUUUUGACGACUUUUUAGCAAGAAGCCAAAAUCAGUUGAUACUGGAACACUUGUAUUUGUUGUAUUCUUCCGAACAGCCUGAUAAUAGCAAUGAGCUUGCCAUCAACGAAAUAAAAGCACGAGAAGAUACCGACCUUCAGACCGUCUGGCAGGAAUACGAUGCCUACUUGUCUAUUGCAAGCAUGAUCACACAAGCGCUGAGCUGCUUUAUCAAGAAGGAUUUCGCAAGUGCGUUGCAACAUUUGAUGGACUCGAAGCGAGCGGAAGCCUCUUGGAAAACACAAAUGAUGCUGGAUAUGGACAUUUCCACUGCUUACUCUGGUUUGGAAACACUGACAUUCAAUGACAUUGUGGAAAAGUACGGCAAAGAGUGUAUCAAGAUUUUGAACAAUGCAGCCUUCACUAAAGCAUCCAACCCUUCCUACCGCACCAGAGGUUUGGAAGACGCUCUCCGUAUCGCACAUCAAGCACAAACCAUCAUUGGGCCUGACAACAUCACCCAAGACCCCGUCUAUCAAUCACUAGGCUCGUUAUGGCUCUCCUUCACUGACCAUACAAGCACUGGUUCUGAAUUGAGUGACAGACAAGUGGACCUAUUGAAUAAUUUGAUCAUGGCCUAUUUGGAGGGACAAGUGGGCGGAUCAUCAGUAGCCCAUAGUCGAAGUCAGUCACCGAUCUUGGAUGACAGUUCUGAUGGUGAGGAUGAUCAUGAAGCCAACUACUCUCAAGCACUAUGGCAAAAAUACAAGCAGGUUUGUUCUGAAUCCGAACAACUAUUGUCAACUUUAGAAAAAUAA